AGAUGAGCUGACGUGUAAAAGCGAUUCCAAUUGAUUUGACUCUUUUAAGAAUAAACGGUAGCAUCACAGACCCUACUCAGUCUCAGUCAUCCACCACCACCAUGGCCUCUCACCACCACCAUCACCACCCCCCGGCCGCCGCCGCCCCCUCUGCCUCCUGUUACUGCCACUGUUGCCACCCCACCUAUCCUCCCUGCAACCACCACCACCCCCCGCCGCCGCCGCCGGAUCCCUACAUCUGCCCCCCUCAAAUCUACCUCAACACCCCCCAAAACUUCCAAGAAAACUACACUCAACAACCGGGCCCCACCAUUUCCUCCCUGCUCCGCCGCAUCGCCGCCCUGGAGUCCGCCCUCCUCCGCCGCCGCUCAUCCCCCUCCCAAUCCCUCCGCGACGCCGCCGCCCGUUCCAUUCAAGCCCAUUUCAGAGCCUUCCUCGUGCGCAGAUCAAUAACCCUCCGCCACCUCAAAGACUUAGCCUCGAUCAAGUCGAGUCUCGGAUUUCUCAAAUCCUCGGUCUCUCAAAAAACCCACUUCGAUUACGACGCCGUUUAUCGUAAAGCUACAAACUUGCUUCUCAAACUCGACGCCAUUCAGGGUGGCGACCCCAUGAUUAGAAAUGGGAGAAUUUCUUUGAGCAGAGAGAUAUAUAAAUUCUUAGAUUUCAUUGAAGGCGCUUGUGUGCAGAGGAGGAUUGUGAAGCAGAAUUUGAGAUCUAGGGUUUCCAAUUGUGAGAGGAAAUUAGGCAAUGUUGAAUCCGGGUGUUCGAAGAGGGUUAAUGUGGAGAAAUUGAGGGGUUUGGUGGAAAGAAUUGAUAGGUUAACUGAGGAGCUCGAUGAGGCAGAGCAAUGUGAGGAAAUUGAAAACCCUAAGGGUGAAUUGCUCAUGAGAAAGAGUGGUGGUGGUGGUUUGGUGAAGCAACGCGGUGGGGUUGGGCCGAAGGUGAAGAAAAAUGUGAGCUUUGCAGAGAAUGGGAAGGUUUACCACGUGUUGAGGAGAUAUAGCAAUGGUAGCAUUGAUAAAGAUGAUCUAGAUGAGGAUGAUGGUGAUGGUGAUGAUGAUGACGAGCAAGAGCUUGUGGAUGAUCUUUGUCGAGAGAUUGAAGAGAUUGGUGUGUCGUUGAAGGAGGAAGUUGAGGACGGUUCCUUGAGCAGUGAGGAUGAGAAGGAGUUCAGGCAUUCUUCGACAAGCAGAGGGAGCUGUGGGACGGAGAUUGAUGAGGACGAGAGUGGUGAGGCCAUGUUCUCUGCUCCAUUGCCUGCGAAGAUGGAGAGGCGAAGCAACUGAAACCGAGAUGAGGUAGAAAGGUAGAUUGACAUUGUUGAUGAAUUGGUGUAUCUUUGCAUAAUGUUGUGACUUUGGAGAUUUAGUAGCUAAGUAGGAUUAAUGGUUGUGAAAAAUGUACCAUGUUUGUUCAUGAGACAUUGUGAAAGUUUCCUAGGUUUGUUUCAAGUGUAGAAGGGUUUCAAGAAGAUGUCAUGAAUUUGGAUCACAUUGGAUGUUUUUGUCAUUGUUGGAAUUCAUGUUGAAGUUGUGGUC